AUGGUGGGGGAUGGGGAUGAGAUGAGAGUUGCCGGCAUCAGGCAUGAUCAUCUUUCUUUCUUGAUUGACGCAUGUUGCUUCAAGGUUCAUACCCACAUCAAACAGAUUCGAAAGCAAUCCAAGCACAUCCAGACGACUUCUGUUGCCUCAACGCAGACUAUAAUGGAAAACCCAGUGACGCUCCGAUGCAGCGACUCCGAAGAUAGGUCAUGCCAACUUGAACAACGCCAGGCAUGCUCAGUGUCCCUUUAUCUGGCUCAUGUCUUCACCAUACCGAGUACUACCGAAGCCGUUAUAUGUGAUACUAAGUAUGAAGUCUUGGGGCUGUUCUGCGACUGGGCCAAGAGCCCUACCACCGUUGUCAAUCCAAACAACAAAUACCUCAUAAAAGAGCCGUGUUUAUCGAACACAGCAUCUGCUUGGAUGCUGGGAGUAAGGUUGGAAGCUAGAGACUUUGAGAAUUUCUGUAUGAGUGUUUUCAUCAAGAACUGCGCUUUCUCUCCAUUUGGGCCAUGGAAGGAGAUCGAGACUUACGCUAGGGACGAGUCUCCUCUUGCACGCUUCAGCAAUCACUGGAUUGCGUGGAAUGUCAGUCUACUAGAGCAUGUACCGCUAGAGUAUGCACGGCUCAAGGCUGUAGAGCUGACUAAAUCUGUGACCCAAUAUACGGGAGAUCCCAGAGACCUUGAUAAAGGGCAUUGGUACUCAAGCUGCGGCGAUCAGAUCGGCCUUUUGUGCAAGCAUCACCCGAUUGAUAAACAGCAAACGCUGGAUGAGACACAACAAGAGAACCAACCCCAGAGCCGUCCAGCAUUGAGCCAUCGACCAAGCCACCAUAGUACUCGAUCAACUUCUACCGAUUCAGUAUAUGUUCCUUCGCGCUACUAUUCGCCUCUUGCUUGUGCAUCAAUCUAG